ACAAUCUCAAUUUAAUUAAAUCCGUAAAACUGUUAUCGCCUGUACUGCUUGCUUGAAUGGCUUACCAGAAGAUUGGUGUUUUUGGUGCCACAGGCCGUUUAGGCCAAGAGCUUACUCGUGCAUUUGUGGAAGAAGGCUUUGACAUUGUUCCGUUCUCUCGCCAAAAGACGACGGUUGCGGGCAUCCCAACACAGGAAGUGGGAAGUCUAGUUGGAUUCGACGUUAUUGUUUGCACCGUCGGGGUGUCUGGGUUGAAUGACCAGCUUUCACUUAUAGAAAAGGCAAAGAAAGACGGCGUCAAACGCUUCGUCCCCAGCGAAUAUGGAGUUGACCACCGAGCUUCCGACCUGGACUUCUUCAAGCCAAAGAAGCAAGUGUUCGAGGCUGUCAAGGCGGCUAGGUUUCCUGAUGGAUGGACCGCAAUCAUCACUGGCUUCUUCGAUGCAGUGAUCCCUGCUGUUGCUUCCCUAUCGACCGAUUCAUCAGUAAUUAAUGUUUCUGGGAAUGGUAAAACACGGUAUCCGUUUGUCUUCCGCCAUGAUCUCGGUCGCAUUCUGGCGUACACCUUUAAACACCCGAAGGAGUACAAGGAUGUAUGGCUUGCAAUUGCGAAUGAAUGGCUUUCUGGAGAUGACAUAGCUCAGAUAAUACAAGAAGCGUCAGGAAAAAACCUCCACAUCAAGCACAUAGAAGCAGAUGAGAAAAAGGCGCCUGUAAUAUACUUGUUGGAGAGGAAUGGCGGUAAUGUUUUUGAUCCAGCCAUCCAGACCAAGGACAUUCCGAUCUCUUUGGUAGAUUUGAGAGCUCAUAUUCGAAAUAUUUACACGUCACAGUGA